AUGGGCAGCAGCAGUCGUAGAAGAUCCUCUUCCUUGGUCACCAAGGUACCGAAUCCAACCAUUGAUGACCGAUUGGAUCAAGGAUCUGCCACUAAUUAUAACUCCAAUUGGGUGAACUAUAAAGGUGCUUGGAUCAUUCACAUAGUUCUGAUUGCAGCUCUCCGUCUUGUAUUCCACGCAGUUCCAUCCGUCUCUCGUGAGCUUGCCUGGACUCUCACCAACUUGACAUAUAUGGCUGGAUCGUUCACGAUGUUUCACUGGGUAACCGGCACCCCUUUUGAAUUCAAUGGCGGUGCCUACGAUCGACUUACAAUGUGGGAACAACUUGAUGAAGGAAAUCAAUAUACUCCAGCACGGAAAUAUUUGCUGGUCUUGCCCAUUAUCUUGUUUCUUUUGAGCACUCAUUACACUCAUUAUAACGGUUGGAUGUUUUUGGUCAAUAUAUGGGCUCUUUUCAUGGUAUUGAUUCCAAAACUCCCUGCCGUUCACAGAAAACGAAUUUUCGGUAUACAGAAAUUUGCCCUUCAUGACGACGAAAGUGAGACCGUAUCUCGUUAG